UCCAGGCAACCUAGUGCUGAUCGCUCGUGCCGGUGUGGCCGUUAACAGCCUUUGCGGGAGCCUGAGGCUCGAGAGCAGCCCCCUCCCCUUCCUGGACUCCCCCCGCCCCCACUUUCCCGGUCGGCCCCGGGGCAUGAGUAGCGAUGGCCGGCUGCAGCCCUGAGGAGAAAACUUACCGGCGCUUCCUGGAGCUAUUCCUGGGCGAGUUUCGCGGACCGUGCGGCGGCGGCGAGCCUGAACCGGAACCCGAACCCGAGUUGGAGCCCGAGCCCGAACUGGUAGUGGCUGAAGCGGCCGAGGCUUCGGUCGAGGACCCCGGGGAGGAGGCGGCCGCCGUAGCCGCGACGGAGGAGGGGGAGCAAGAGCACCAGCAAGACCCCGAGCCCGAAGAGGAGGCGGUGGAGGAAGAGGCGGCGGCGGCAGCAGAGGGCGAGGAGGAGGAGGCGGCGGCAGCCCGGGGGCAGUCGGCCGUGCCACCGCCGCCGCCGCAGCCCCAGCUGCCGCCUCUGCCCCCGCUCCCGCGGCCGCUGUCGGAGCGCAUCACCCGUGAGGAGGUGGAGGGCGAGAGCCUGGACCUGUGCCUGCAGCAGCUCUACAAAUAUAAUUGCCCUUCCUUUUUGGCUGCUGCUUUAGCCAGAGCCACAUCAGACGAAGUCCUUCAGAGUGAUCUUUCUGCACAUUAUAUCCCAAAGGAAACAGAUGGCACAGAAGGAACUGUGGAGAUUGAGACAAUGAAAUUGGCGCGUUCUGUCUUCAGCAAACUACAUGAGAUUUGCUGCAGCUGGGUGAAAGACUUCCCUCUCCGCAGGAGACCCCAGCUUUAUUAUGAAACAUCAAUCCAUGCCAUCAAAAACAUGCGCAGGAAAAUGGAAGACAAACAUGUCUGCAUUCCUGACUUUAAUAUGCUCUUCAAUUUAGAGGACCAGGAAGAACAAGCUUACUUUGCAGUGUUUGAUGGCCAUGGAGGAGUGGAUGCUGCCAUUUAUGCCUCCAUUCACCUGCAUGUUAAUUUAGUACGCCAGGAAAUGUUCCCCCAUGAUCCUGCUGAGGCCCUGUGCCGGGCCUUCCGGGUUACUGAUGAGCGGUUUGUGCAGAAAGCAGCCAGGGAGAGCUUAAGAUGUGGGACCACAGGAGUGGUGACUUUUAUCAGAGGUAACAUGCUCCAUGUGGCCUGGGUUGGGGAUUCCCAGGUUAUGCUUGUGAGAAAAGGCCAAGCUGUUGAACUAAUGAAGCCACACAAACCGGACAGGGAGGAUGAAAAGCAGCGAAUUGAGGCUCUUGGAGGUUGUGUAGUCUGGUUUGGUGCCUGGAGGGUGAAUGGAAGUCUGUCGGUCUCCAGAGCUAUUGGAGAUGCUGAACAUAAGCCAUAUAUCUGUGGGGAUGCAGAUUCUGCCUCUACUGUUUUGGAUGGAACUGAAGACUACCUCAUUCUGGCCUGUGAUGGCUUCUAUGACACCGUGAACCCUGAUGAGGCAGUGAAAGUUGUGUCUGACCACCUGAAGGAGAAUAAUGGAGACAGUAGCAUGGUUGCCCACAAAUUAGUUGCAUCAGCUCGUGAUGCUGGGUCAAGUGAUAACAUCACUGUUAUUGUGGUAUUCCUGAGGGACAUGAACAAAGCUGUAAAUGUUAGUGAGGAAUCAGAUUGGACAGAGAACUCUUUUCAAGGAGGGCAAGAAGAUGGUGGGGAUGAUAAGGAGAAUCAUGGAGAGUGCAAACGCCCUUGGCCUCAGCACCAGUGCUCAGCACCAGCCGAUCUAGGCUAUGAUGGGCGUGUGGAUUCAUUCACUGAUAGAACUAGCCUGAGCCCAGGGUCCCAAAUCAACGUGCUGGAAGACCCAGGCUACCUAGAUCUCACACAAAUAGAAGCAAACAAACCUCACAGUGCCCAGUUUUUGCCACCAAUUGAGAUGUUUGGUUCUGGUGCACCAAAGAAGGCAAAUCUUACUAAUGAGCUAAUAAUGGAGAAAAAAUCAGUUCAAUCAUCACUGCCUGAACAAAGUGGUGCUGGAGAGUUUCCCUCUUUUAAUUUGGGUUCAACAGGGCAGCAGAUAUACAGAAUGGAGAGCUUAUCUCCUGUCUGUCCUAGGUUGGAAAAUGAACAGUUCAAAUUCCUGGGAAAGAGAGUUUCCAGAUUGUCUCAUUUACGCUAUCAUUAUUCAAAGAGAUGGUAUGGAUUCAGGUUUAAUACAAAGUUGUAUUCAUUUAUGUCUGCUCAAGAGCCUUCCCACAAAAUAGGCACUGGUCUGUCCUCACUUAUUCGAAGUGGGAAGAGAAAUAGGAUGUUAAGAAGUUUCCUGCCAUGGAGGCAAAACAUUUGGAAAGGAUACAGUGCCAACAUGAUGAGGAAGCUCAGAAAGAGUAAUGAUAUUCCAGACCCAGGUCUUCCUUGGAGCUAUAAAAUAUAAUACUUUCUCUCUUUAAAGUAGGCUAGCUAGCUCUCCCCCAAUAAAAACACCACUAUCAGAGUAGAAACAAGGUAGACAUUUCUGAAAUAUAUGUGCUUCAUUAUGAAACCAUGGAUGGCUCAAUUCUUAAAUGUAAAUAGAUCUCUAGAAAACCCAAAAGUGUUUUCAAUCUAAAAAAAAAAAGUAUUGGCGGUUUCACUAGCAAAAUUAUACAACUGGUCCCUGUGAUGUGUCUCCACAC